AUGUCUGAACGCAAGGUGCUCACGAAAUACUACCCCCCGGAUUUCGACCCGUCGGUCAUAACACGAACACCCAAACACCUACGGGCAACCGGCCCCAAGCUCUUGACAGUCCGCUUAAUGGCGCCUUUCAGCCUGAAAUGUACAAAUUGUGGCGAAUACAUCUACAAGGGCCGCAAAUUCAAUGCGCGCAAAGAAACUACAGAGGAGAAAUACCUGAAUAUCCCCAUCUAUCGCUUCUAUAUUCGCUGCACUCGCUGCAGCAGUGAAAUCACCUUCAAAACUGACCCCAAAAACAUGGACUAUACGUGCGAACGUGGUGCUAAGCGCAAUUUUGAACCUUGGAGGGAAGCUAAGGAAAACGAGGUUAAUGAAACAAUGGAUGAAACGCUGGAUAGACUGGAGAGGGAGGAGGGAGAGAGGGAGGAGAGGGAAGAAAAAGAUAAAAUGAUGGAACUGGAGGAGAAGAUGCAGGAUUCGAAGCGCGAGAUGGCUGUAGCAGAUGCGUUAGAUGAGAUUCGGACAAGGAAUGCAAGAAUUGAGCGGGGAGAGAGAGAGGCCGGCGAGGAGGCGGUGCUACUGAAGGCACAGAGAGAGGCGGAGGAGGCAAAACUUAGGGCCGAAAGAGAGGAUGAAGAGGCUGCGAGGAGGGCAUUUAUGACGGAUGGUGGUGAGAGGGUUAAGCGAUUAGUGGAUGAUGAAGCAGAUUCGUCGAAUGGAAGGACGUUGGCCAACGAGAAGUCCGAUAUGCCGCCCCCGUCCUUUACGAGAGUCCGAAAACAGAAGAAGCCGUUUAAUGCAGGUCUUGGGAUUAAGAAGAAGGUCCCCUUGGUUUGA